AGUCUACACACACUGCUCUCUCUCUCUCUCUCUCCUCCACAGCAGAAGAGUCUUCAGUGUCUCUGUGUGUGAAUCAGGAUCUUCUGCUAGAAUGAGGAGUGGAUCUGCUCUGCUGUUGGUGCUGCUGCUCGGCUCUCUCCAGCUCUCCUCUAGUGCUGUAAACCAACCUGACUGCUGUUUCAAAUUAACUACAAUGAGGAUCCCCCAGAAGAUGGUGAAAUCUUACACACAGACGAGCAGUGACUGUGCCCUUAAAGCCAUUGUGAUUACAACAGUAAAGGGACGAAAGUUUUGUGUGGAUCCAGCUGCUAAAUGGGUCAGCAGUCAUUUGAAGUCUUUGAAGAACCGCACACAAUGAGCCACAGUUCUUCAG